CAGAGAAUAAAAUUGAAAAAGCGCAACUUUAUUAUAUGGUUUUAAAAUAUAUUAUUUUUAUAGUUAGAAAUAUCAAAGUAUAUUAAAUACGAGAUUCAAGUUUUUUUCUAUAGAUUCUUUAAUGAGUCAAUUUAUCUCGGUACAAGUUGGACAAUGUGGAAACCAAAUCGGUUCAGUAUUUUGGCCUUUGGCUUUACACGAAUAUGGUAUACAAACAACGAAUACUGGAAUAAAUUUACUUAAAACACAACAAAAUCAUAUUAAAAAUAUAAAUGAUCUAUCUAAUGCGUUCGAUAGUUUUUUUGUUAUACCUGACAAUUCACCUAAAGAUUUAUGUUUUAAAAGUAUGUCUGAUUUAAGAAAAGCUAAGGUCAAAGCCAGGGCAAUAUUGAUAGAUAUGGAGGAUAGUGUUAUAGGAGAAAUAAGAAGAGGUCCUGUACGUGAUUUAUUUGAUCAGACUUGUGUUGUAACAAAUUAUCCAGGAUCUGCAAAUAAUUGGGCUGUAGGUUAUUAUACUCAUGGCACAGAAUAUUAUGACAAAUUGGAAGAUAAUAUCAGACGUAUGGCAGAGAAAUGUUCCAGACUACAUGGUUUUUUAACAAUGCAUUCUCUUGGUGGUGGUACUGGUUCUGGAUUAGGAACAGCUGUUUUAAAAUUACUAGCUGAUAAUUAUCCUACUGUAGAUAGAUUAGUAUCAUGCGUAUAUCCAAUUGUUAUGCAAGAUGUUGUUACAGCCCCAUAUAAUGUGUUAUUGGCAACACGAGAACUUAUAGAUUAUGCAACUUGUGUUUUUCCUAUUGAAAAUGAAGCACUUGUAGACAUAUGUAAUGCACAAUUAAGGAAAAAAGAGAAUAUAGAUCAAAUAAAUUAUAAUAUUUCAUGUAAACCAUUUCAGGAUAUGAAUAGUAUUAUUGCAAACAUACUUCUUCAUUUAACUAGCGGAUCUAGAUUUCCUGGUAAUUUGAAUAUGGAUAUGAACGAAAUAGCAACGAAUCUUGUACCAUAUCCGAAAUUACAUUAUAUACUUAGUAGCGUUAGUCCAGUAACGUUAUCUGCGCCUACAAUAUGUAAUAUACAAGGAAGAAAACUUAUAGAUGAAAUAUUUAUCAAUGCAUGGUCACGAAACAAUCAAUCGAUCAAACUGGAUCCACUACAAACAGGUUCUAUGAUUUUAAGUGCUGCGCAUAUCGCUAGAGGAAAUUGUUCUGUAAAUGAUUUAAAACGAAAUAUUGAAAAAUUUCGAAAAAAAGUUACAUUCGCAAAAUGGGGUACCGAAGCUAUGAAAAUAGGUUUAUGUUCUGUACCUCCAGCUGGACAUUCUACCUCAUUAUUAUGUCUUUUAAAUUCUUCCUCAAUGAUAUCAUUAUUUGAAAAUAUAAUAAAACAAUUUACUAGAUUAUAUAAACGAAAGGCACAUGUAUAUCAUUAUACGCAAGUAUGUGGCUUCGAAGAAACGCAUUUCACCGAUUGCAAAGAAAUAAUUUUAAAUUUAAUUACACAGUAUACAAAACUACAAAAUCAAAAUGAAAUAAAUGUUUCUCGAUUACAGAUUCUUUAAUUUUUACAUUAGAUAAUUUUAUUAAUUUUUUUUUUUU